GCAGACGUUAGCUAAAACUGCAAACAGGACAAAGCCUUCCUGCCUGCUCUCUUGAAACACGGUCAUUGUCUCUUCUUAGCCGGAGAAGAUACAGCAUUAGCUCAUUGCUGCCAUUGCUCAAUGAAAACUGGCCUUUUGCUUCACUACAAUCAACCUUCUGCUUCUCCUUCUUCAAAGAUGAUGCUUGCAACUUAUCCCUCACCUGCACACCAGCAGCAACAAGCUACAUCUCCUCCUGCUUUUAGCGCCAUAUCUCAGAGGACUCACCCUGCUGCUGGCGGCCUCCUUUCUACAGCCACAGGAUUCAUACCAACUGCUCUGCCACUCGCAAUUGCUCCUUCGGCUGUGUUUGGACACCAUCAUCACCACCACCAGCCCGUAGCUCUGAGGGGACCUGUUCCAGCCCCACAGAUCCUACAGCACCAUUUCGCCUCUGUGAAAGUAGAGGAGGCCAAGAGGAGAAGCGAGAGCCCGAGGAGUCGUUCACCAUCUUCAACACCGCCGGCUCCACAGGCCAGCAAGCCACAGCACACAGCAUUCUCCAUUGAUGCCAUAUUGAGCAAGAAAGAUGAGCCCAAGAAGCAUAUAAGCAGCAGUAGUACCAGCAGUGAAGUCUCCCUAGCACCUCAUCAGACUUCACUCCUUGCCUCUCCUCCGUCAGUGGGACACACACCACACUUGACAAGGACUACUGCAAACGGGCUAUUCUACAUCUACACUGCAGCAAGUCCUACUGCAACUGGAGGACAUCCUACUGUUGUACAAGCGGCUCAAAAUCCUUCUCCAUUUUCACCUUUUGCCAGUCUGAGAGGCCAUCAUUUUGAUCAUCAUCAUCACCAUCACCAUGAACUACAAAGAUCUCCAUUAGGACCACUUGUUCUACCACCACCAGAGCCAUCAGUCCUACUCUCAUCAAAGCUCAAGAGAAAGAGAAAGCUCAGGACUGUCUUUACAGAGAAGCAGCUUGAGGGUCUAGAGACGAAGUUCUCCGAAAAGAAGUACCUAUCAGUUCCUGAUAGAAUGGAGCUGGCAAACAGACUUGAGUUGAGCGAGACACAGGUGAAGACCUGGUUCCAAAACCGACGAAUGAAAUGCAAGAAGCAGCAACAGGUCGAACAAGGAAGCAGUGGGGAAGGCUGCAGCGAGAAAGACGAAGAGAAAGACGGAGAAGAAUUUGAAGAAGAAGAAAUCGAAGAAGAUGAAGACGACUUGGAAUCAAACUGCUCAAAGAGAUUGAAACUCUGCAGCUCAAGCAGUUCACCUCAGUCUCCUGAGAGUGACUGCUGCGGUGAUUAUACUAACACACCUACUAGCAGUCACUUGCAGUCAUGAUACACUCUAGACUUAUAAAUAUAUAUAUAUCUUAUAUUAUUUUUGUAUUAUAGUAUCUGCUAAUAUUGCUUUUUGUCUUAUCCCUGUCCCGCUUUCACAUACUCCAUCAUGCACACUUUUCCUUCUCUACAGAAAUAACAUUUAUAUUCUAUUUUUCCUUCCUGAUAUCUUAUACUAUGAUAGCAUUAUUAUUGAAAUUAUUAUUAUUAUUAUUGAUUUGAAAGUGAUUCUGUAUUGACUGGUAUCAUUUAUAGAAAACAUUACUGAUAAA